AUGAAGAAGGAUGACGCCUCAGAGGAGUACAGGAUGAUGAUGCCCUCGUAUCCUGAUAGGAACGCCUUUGAGUACGAGGAUAUGACCACCGAUGUCGGGAUGUACAGGGUGCCUGUGAAUAGACCUGUCAGGAUAUACUGUGAUGGGGUGUACGACCUAUUUCAUUAUGGGCAUGCGAGGAGUUUGAAGCAAGCUAAGAAUCUUUUUCCAAAUGUCUAUCUACUAGUUGGGGUUACUGAUGACGACAUAACGGUGAGGCUCAAGGGAAACCUUGUUAUGGAUGAGAACGAAAGGGCAGAGGGGCUGAUCCACUGCAGGUAUGUCGACGAGGUUAUAACAAGCGCGCCAUGGGAACUGACCCUGGAAUUUCUGCAGAAGCACAAGAUAGACUUUGUUGCGCAUGACGACAUCCCCUAUAAAGGAGAGGACAAGGACGAUAUCUACAAGUUUGUGAAGGACAUGGGGAUGUUUAUACCGAUCAGAAGAACAAAGGGGAUCAGUACAAGUGGGAUAAUAACAAGUAUUGUGAAGAACUAUGACAUGUAUGUCAGGAGAAAUCUUGAAAGAGGAGUUUCUGCAAAGGACCUGAACAUAUCAUUUCUCCAGAUGAAAAGAAUAAAGAUGAGCAAGAAAAUGAAUGAAAUGAUCAAGAAUGUUGACAUUCAGAGGGAAAUAGACGACAUAAGGAGGGAGAUACGAAUUGCAAUGAGAUACUGGGAAAGGGUGUCGAACGAGAUUAUCUCUGGGUUUAUAGAAAACUUCUAUCAUGGAAAAAGCUCCAACAGAUUCAUUGACCGAUUGGUGGGGCUUGUGAAGCUUAAGAAAGAGAAUGCAUAG